GGCCGUUAACGUGUCCAGACGUAGGACGCAUGUGACCAUCGACCUCUCGUCGUGAUCUCCUUAAGCUUCGAAGAAGAUGACGACGACGACGGCCUGAGAGACGAAACGAGCGUAGCGAGCUCAGCAGAGAAACCAGCAAUGGCGGCGGUGUCCGGGUUCGGACUCCUGAGCGGGUGUGCUCGUCGUCUCAAGGUGAGCCCGUCGUUCGGGAACGAGACGAAGAGGGCGCGAAGUGUCCAGUGCCUGCAGGCUCAGACGGUCCGCUCCAGAACUCAGAGGAUAAUGGAGGGCAUCACAGUGAGCGGAGAGGUUGGCGGUGCGGGUGGAGCGUACUCUUAUAAUGCUUUGAAGAGAUUGGACAAGCUAUGGUCCAGUAUCUGUUCUGUCGAGACAGACAAGCAAGAGCCACAACAGGUGGUUUCAACAGUACCUGGUCUCUUCAGCAAGUCUAAUCUGGCUGGGAUAGCAGUAGACACAUUUGAUGUGAUAGUUUGUGGAGGCACUUUGGGUAUUUUCUUAGCCACGGCCUUGAGUUGCAAAGGCCUUAAAGUUGGAGUUGUGGAAAGGAAUAUUCUGAAAGGGAGAGAACAAGAAUGGAAUAUCUCGAAGAAGGAGCUCCUGGAACUGGUUGAAGUUGGUGUUCUUGAAGAAGAAGACAUAGACCAAGCUGUAGCUGCAAAGUUUAAUCCUAAUAGAUGUGGAUUCGAGGGAAAGGAUGAUAUCUGGGUUGAAGAUAUUCUAAAUCUUGGUAUUUCGCCUGUAAAGCUAAUUGAAACCGUGAAGAAACGUUUUGAAGCACUUGGUGGAGUUAUCUUCGAGGGUUGCAGUGUGUCCAAGUUCUCUGUAUACGAUGAUGCAGUGGUUCUGCAAACAACUGAUGAAAUCAUUUUGCCAUCACGUCUGAUUAUUGAUGCGAUGGGUAAUUUCUCUCCCAUACUGAAACAGAUAAGACGGGGAUUAAAGCCAGAUGGUGUUUGCCUUGUUGUUGGAUCUUGUGCUCGUGGUUUUAGGAGCAACUCCACUAGUGAUGUCAUAUACACUAGCUCAUCAGUGAAGCAGAUUGGAGACUCAAAAGUACAUCUAUUCUGGGAGGCAUUUCCCUCUGGCUCAGGUCCCGAGGAUCGUACCACUUAUAUGUUCACUUAUGUCAAUCCUCAGCCGGGUUGCCCAGCACUGGAAGAAUUACUAGAAGAGUACUGGGAUUUAAUGCCCAAAUAUCAGGAAGUCUCUUUGGAUGACCUAGAAAUAUUGAGAGUUGUUUAUGGCAUUUUCCCUACUUAUCGUGGAAGUCCAUUGCCAGCUGCUUUCAAUCGCAUUUUACAGUUUGGUGAUGCUAGCGGCAUACAAUCACCUGUUUCAUUUGGAGGCUUUGGAAGCUUGACUAGGCACCUUGGCAGAUUGUCAGAUGGAAUAUACGAAGCAAUCAGUGGCAAUUUUCUCAGCUCAAAUGAGUUGUCCUUGUUGAACCCAUACAUGCCCAACCUCAGUACUUCAUGGUUGUUUCAAAGAGCUAUGUCAGCUAAGCAACAGGCAAAUGUUUCACCGGAAUUUAUUAAUGAGCUUCUUUACGUCAAUUUCCAGAGUAUGCAGAGAUUGGGGGAUCCAGUGCUGAGACCAUUCCUUCAGGACGUUGUACAAUUUUGGCCUCUCGCCAAGACUUUAGGUCUUGUCAUGGUAACUAAGCCACUUAUAAUUCCAUCUAUAUUUCGUCAGGUUGGAGUUCCCGUGCUUCUUGACUGGUUUGGACACUUCUUCAUGUUGGGCUAUUACACGUUCCUUUCUACAUUUGUUGACCCUGCAAUUAGCUGGUUGUGCGAUUGUGAAGGCCCUUGAUCAAUACUUUCCCUGCUAAGAUGAAGUACGAGUGGAAGCGGCAUUUAGAAGCUUGGAGAUAUGGAUCUGGUUUAGACUAUGAGCUAUGAGGACGGAUAGCUGCAGGACGAGAUCUUCGUCAAAUGGGUUGCUGAACAUACUGGGGUUAAGUGCUGCAGAGAACUUGGUGGCACUUCAAUAAAUGUAUCUUAUUCUUUGUAAUUGCCCAUUUUAGUGGAGGAAUUGUUGGAAAUGCUAGCAGGAGGAUUUCCCUGCUAACACUCAACUCCAAUCUUUUCCACCAUUCGCACAUAGGUCAAGUGCACAUCCACCUAUCCAAGUUAGUGGCCGUGGAAGGUAGUCACUAGCUAAAAGUUUGCGAUUGCUCAGCACUCGUGGAUAGUUGUUAAACAUCAUAGAAACUGUUGAUUACCACAUAUAUCUAAAUAGCCAUGUAUGUCGAUAUAACAUCUGCUUCUUUUUGAAUUGGA